UUGGAAAAUCAAAUAGUUUCCCAUAUAACAAUACCCACGAGUCCCCGCCGUGCUUCUCGACGCCGUUCAGUCUUCCUCGCUCCUGACCCCGUCGAUCUCUAGUCCCCUCCUUCCGUCGUCGUCUUCGCUCGCAAAGAGCAUCAGCCAAUGGCGGACAAGACGUACGUCACGUAUGUCGCCUUUGAGGGGCACGUCAUCAAGACCACCGUCACGUCCUCCGGCACAGCCGUCAAGCGCUGGCUCCGGGAGAUCCGCUACAUGUACCGCUGGGUCUACCACAAGCUCAUCGUCGGCCUGGACGUGGAGUGGUGCCCCAGCUUCAGCCGCGUGCAGAACCCCGUGGCGCUCCUGCAGCUCUGCGUCGGCCACCGCUGCCUCAUCUUCCAGCUCCUCCACGCCGACUACAUCCCCGACGCCCUCGCGAUGUUCCUCGCCGACCCUGGCUUCCGCUUCGUCGGCGUCGGCGUGCAGGAGGACGCCAACCGCCUCGACAACGACCACCGUCUCGAUGUGGCCACCACCGUCGACCUGCGCGGCCUCGCGGCGGACGGGAUGCAUAGGCCGGAGCUCGGCAAGGCCGGGCUCAAGGGCAUCGCGAGCGCCGUCAUGGGGGUCAACAUAGAGAAGCCACGCAACGUGACUAUGGGGCCGUGGGACGACUACGAGCUAUCGGAAGAGCAGAUCCAGUACGCCUGCAUCGACGCCUUCGUCUCCUUCGAGGUCGGCCGGAAGCUGCUCACCGGCGACUACUAGCCGGCGAUCGAGAUGUCUGAUCGAGGUGAUGGCCGUAUCUCUCACUAGUGCGUUCAGAUUUGGGUCCGUUUCAACGUCAGAGAAAUCCGUAUGUCUAGUUGCGUUUCAAACCCCCGCCUCCUCCUCCUGUUCUCUGUUGCUUUUAGAUUGUUUGUGAGUGAACUCUGUUCCUGUUUGUGUUUCA